UUUGCAAAGGAUCUGCCAAGGCGACAAAUUAGACAUAGAUUGAUUGAAGAAAGAAAGUAUAUUUCCAAAAUUGAAGAAACCGAUGCAUGUGAUGGAGGAAACAGGCAGGGGUCCUGGGGACGAUGUUUCAACGAAGGGAGAAUCCGGUGGGGUCUUGCGCUUGUUCUCCACGGUUGGUCCAUAUUAUUCCCCUUAUGGUUCCCGGAAUUGCCUUCAACGUAAAACCUUGACGCAUUUUCUUUUAGCUGAUGAUCAUAUUGUCAUUUACUUGAUUAGGCUUCCUCAUAUUGGCACUCUUUGGAAGCAGAAUUGUCUGGCUCGAAGAAUUUCUUUUUGUUACAUAGUGAUGAUGAAUGGCGAUUUUGAAAAUUACAAAGGCUCUGAUGAUUUCUCUCCAAGGAAGAAUGUUGGGAAGAUGCCCCUCUUAGCACUCUUCAAAGAAACAAGCAAAGACAAUUACAAGGUUGUAGAAGCUGUUCAGUUUUUGGAUGCAGUGGCUUUGUUCUGUCUUGUGGAGCUUGCUGCAGUAGGAGUUUCAGUCGCUAUAUUUAAUCAAGUAUCAAGGAUCACCAUGUUCCCUCUCAUGAGUAUCACUACUUCUUUUGUUGCUCAGGAAGACGCUACCAGUUGUUCAUGCACAGAAAGAGAUGAAAACAAGGAACUUGAAACGGGUUGUGCUUCUGACAACGAAAAGGAAAAACUGAUAAAUCAAGCUGUUGUGGGGGAUGCAACAAAUGUUCUUUUGGAUCCAAUAUUUAUUUUCAUACUCCGUCUAGGGAUCAAUGGUGCAGCCAUUGCUCAUGUCAUUUCUCAAUCUGUAAUUGCCUUCAUACUCUUUGGGGGAUUAAGAUUACUGCUAUUGGUUAAGGUAAUAGCUGCAACAUUCUGUGUGACUGUUGCAGCAUCACUGGCUGCAAAGCAGGGAUCAAUAUCAGUGGCUGCCUUUCAGGUUUGCUUGCAGAUUUGGUUGGCAACAUCACUGCUUGCUGAUGGAUUGGCUAUUGCUGGCCAAGCAAUCCUUGCAAGCUCAUUUGCAAAGAAGGAUUAUGAGAAAGCUUUAACUACUACUUCUCGUGUGUUACAGUUUGCCUUGGUUCUGGGGCUUGUGCUUUCAGCCAUCCUUUCAGUUGUAUUACCAUUUUCUGCCAGAUUAUUUACAAAGGACAUUGGCGUGUUGCAACUUAUUAGCCUUGGCAUGCCAUUUGUUGUAGUAACACAACCCAUUAACGCUCUAGGCUUUGCUAUCGAUGGAAUCAACUAUGGAGCAUCUGAUUUCACAUAUUCUGCCUUGUCUAUGAUACUAUAAGAAAGCAACCAUCACUUCCCUAAUGAAAUAAGUUCUUAACAAUUUUAUGUUGAACCCUUCUCCAUAUUACACCAUUCCAUCCUCUGGUCUCUUAACAGUUCCUGCUUUCAUCCAUUUUCUUUAACUUUCAGGUUUUGGUGGCAAUUGUGAUCAUUAUUUGCUUAUUUGUACUGUCCUUCAGCCAUGGCUAUGUUGGCAUCUGGAUUGCCUCGUGCGUCUAUAUGAUCUUGAGAAUGUUUGCUGGUCUUUUUAGGUAAUACCUCCUAUUGAAAGAUUAUAUUUUUCUUUGUUUUCCUUUAUAUUUUUCCUGGAGAAGUUAUCAUCUCAAUUAUUCUUAGAAAUUUCAAAUAAAUAACUUUUUCAAAU